AUGGUGAUAGACUUGCCAAUAAACUUAUUUCAUUAUUAUUACUAUUAUUAUAAAAAUACAAACUCAAAAGAGAAUACAGUGUGGUCAAAUAGAAUCCUAAGUCUUACUAAAACCAAUAUCAAAUGCAAAGAGUGUGGUUCAAAGAUUCUUCUUUUAAAAAUGUUUACAAAAAAUUAUCAAGAUCUUUGUAAUAAUUUUAAUUUGCAAUUUUAUGGUUGUGAAGGUGAACAUAUCAGUACUAUUAAAGUCAGAUCCAUCUUUAGUAUCACCUAUAAUGCCACAAAAACAAAUAUUAAAUGUAAAGAGUGUGGUACAAAGACCACUGUCAAACUUGUUCAAAACUUAAAACUAGCAGUUGAAUCUAAUAGAUUUUUCUUAGCACCAGAACAACUCAAUGAGUAUAUUGAGAAAUUCCAAAAAUCUACUUGGCUAUAA